AUGGCCCUCAUUAUGGAGCCCGUCAGUAAGUGGUCGCCGAGCCAGGUCGUCGACUGGAUGAAAGGUCUUGAUGAUUGCUUGCAGCAAUAUAUUAAGAAUUUUGAGAGAGAGAAGAUUAGUGGCGACCAGCUACUACGUAUUACUCAUCAAGAACUGGAAGAUCUUGGAGUCACACGAAUUGGCCAUCAGGAACUUAUCUUGGAAGCAGUAGACUUGCUCUGUGCACUGAACUAUGGUUUGGAAACAGAAAAUCUGAAAACUCUUUCACACAAACUGAAUGCAUCUGCCAAAAAUCUGCAGAACUUCAUCACUGGGAGGAGGAGAAGUGGUCACUAUGAUGGAAGGACCAGCCGCAAAUUACCAAAUGAUUUUCUGACAUCAGUAGUGGAUCUCAUUGGAGCUGCUAAAAGUCUCCUGGCUUGGUUGGACAGAUCACCUUUUGCUGCUGUGACAGAUUACUCUGUAACAAGAAAUAACGUAAUACAACUCUGUCUGGAGCUGACAACAAUUGUACAACAGGAUUGCACAGUAUAUGAAACAGAGAAUAAAAUUCUUCAUGUGUGUAAAACUCUCUCUGGCGUCUGUGACCACAUCAUCUCACUCUCUUCUGAUCCCCUGGUUUCCCAGUCGGCCCACCUUGAAGUGAUCCAGCUUACAAACAUCAAGCCAAGUGAAGGGCUGGGUAUGUACAUUAAGUCAACAUAUGAUGGUCUCCAUGUAAUUACUGGAACAACAGAAAAUUCACCUGCAGAUCGGUGCAAGAAAAUCCAUGCUGGAGAUGAAGUGAUUCAAGUUAACCACCAAACUGUGGUGGGGUGGCAGUUGAAAAAUUUGGUGAAUGCACUACGAGAGGAUCCGAGUGGUGUUAUCUUAACUUUGAAAAAGCGACCUCAGAGCAUGCUUACCUCAGCACCAGCUUUACUGAAAAAUAUGAGAUGGAAGCCCCUUGCUCUGCAGCCUCUUAUUCCCAGAAGUCCUACAAGCAGUGUUGCUACACCAUCCAGCACUAUCAGCACACCUACAAAAAGAGACAGCUCUGCACUACAGGAUCUUUAUAUACCACCUCCUCCAACAGAACCUUACGUUCCCAGGGAUGAAAAAGGAAAUCUCCCAUGUGAUGAUGUUGGCAGACAUACAGUGGGCAAACCAGUUCAUACAGGAUCCGAAUCUCCAAACUCAUUUCUUGACCAGGAGUAUCGAAAGCGUUUUAAUGUGGUUGAGGAAGAUGCAGUGUUAUACUGCUAUGAGUAUGACAAGGGAAGAACAAGUGGUCCUGGAAGGAGAGAGAGCACACCAACGUAUGAAAAUUCAUUGCUACGCUAUAUGAGCAAUGAGAAAAUAGGCCAAGAAGACUACAUGUUUCAAAGGAAUAGCAAAAAGGAUACCGGAAAAAAGUCAAAAAAGAAAGGAGACAAGGGUAAUAGUCCUAGUCAUUACUCGUUGUUACCUAGUUUACAAAUGGAUUCAUUGAGACAAGAUGUCAUUGGCACACCUGGACCAGAGACCACUUUGUACCAUACAUUUCAGCAAUCUUCUCUACAGCAGAAAAGUAAAAAGAAAAACAAAGCUCCUAUUCCUGGUAAAAGCAAAAGAAGGAUCUCCUGUAAAGAUCUUGGCCGAGGAGACUGCGAAGGCUGGCUUUGGAAAAAGAAAGAUGCUAAGAGUUAUUUCUCCCAGAAAUGGAAAAAAUACUGGUUUGUCCUGAAAGACACAUCUCUCUACUGGUAUAUCAAUGAAGAGGAUGAAAAAGCGGAAGGAUUUAUCAGUCUACCUGAAUUUAAAAUUGACAGAGCAAGUGAAUGCCGAAAGAAAUACGCAUUCAAAGCCUGCCAUCCUAAGAUCAAAAGUUUUUAUUUUGCUGCUGAACAUCUAGAUGAUAUGAACAGAUGGCUAAACAGAAUUAACAUGCUUGCUGCUGGCUAUGCAGAAAGGGAGAGAAUCAAGCAAGAGCAAGAUUACUGGAGUGAGAGUGAUAAGGAGGAGGCUGACACUCCAUCGACACCCAAACAAGACAGCCCACCACCCCCGUAUGAUACAUACCCACGGCCUCCUUCGAUGAGUUGCACCAGUCCCUACGUGGAGCCAAAGCACAGCCGCCUCUCCUCCACAGAGACCUCCCAGUCUCAGUCAUCACACGAGGAGUUCCGCCCAGAGGCGGCGGGGAGUGUCACCGACUCACCGGUGCGCAAGACAGCGAGCCAGAGGCGCUCCUGGCAGGACCUCAUCGAGACGCCACUGACCAGCUCAGGACUUCACUACUUGCAGACGCUGCCGCUGGAGGACUCGGUGUUCUCUGAGACGGCCGUGGUGUCCCCUGAGCACCGGCGGCAGUCCACCUUGCCCACCCAGAAGUGCCACCUGCAAGACCACUACGGCCCCUUCCCACUCGUGGAAGGGGAGCGGAUGCAAGUGCUGAACGGGAAUGGAGGCAAGCCCAGGAGCUUCACGCUGCCACGAGACAGUGGCUUCAACCACUGCUGCCAGAGCCUUUCGGUGGGAGCCACUGAUCACCACGAGGAAGUGCAGCAAAAGGAGGUGGAAGAGGAAGAGGAGGAGGAGGAGGAGGAAGUCAAAGCAGCAGAAGAAAACCAGGAAGAUAAAAGCUAAUACACUGCGAGAGUUGAUAGCACCUCUCCAUGUCAAAUCGGAUCCACUUCUCUUGGCACUGAACCGAUUGGACUCAAAGGUUGAUAAACUUAUCAUUAGCGAUUGGCACGACGGAGACUCAACUUCAGCCUCUUGCAAGACACCUAAUGGCCUCCGUUCAGAAAGUCAAUUCUUCUUGAAUAACAUUGGUGUUUAUAAAAGAGACUAGACCUGUUAAAGCGUAGACAACCACAUGCCUGGAUAUGAGGCCUCCAGGAAGGUGUCAAGGGCAUGGCCACUCUUUUGAAGAAUGCACCCUUUCCACAAUGGGACUAGGCACAAGGUCAGAUCCAGUCUACACGGAGCACAUUUGCAGAAAAUACUGCCCCGCAUGGGAGUACGGAAGGGGAAGAGGGUCUUGACAGGGGAAGGGCUUU